AAAGAAAAUCAUUUCAGAGAGAGAGAGAGAGAGAGAGAGAGAGGGUGAAAUUGCAUUUGUAUGUUGAAAAGGAAAUAGCAAAAACAACAACAGCAAGUGAUCAAGAAAGAAAAUACAUAAAACAGAAAGAUAAUGCCGGUGAGAGUAGAAGAAACCUCCUCCUCCUCCUCCACCUCCUCCUCCUCCUCCGCACCUUCUCAACUUUCAGGUGAAAAUUCAUCAGGACACACUUCACCUCCAGUUUGUACUCUUUUGACUGUUGGACAGGCCUUUUCUGGAACCCAGAAUGUUUCUAGUCUUCAGAAGGAUGAAGCUUGGAGAGUUAAUGUUCGCAUUCAAGGAUGUGACCUUGAUCAUGGUUACCUAUGUGGUACUAUGGAAGCCCUUAAUGUUCCUAUGGCUGACACUCCCGUAGUAACUUUUUGGGAAGGAGAAAUCGUUGAUGGCAAGAAUUACACUUUCUUCACUGGAAAAUGGGAAGCUUCGUCAGAAGAUGAUAUAAGGCACUGGACUAAGUUUCCGUCUUUCCAACCAUUUCUGGAACAAGUGAAGGUUGAUGGUGGCAAGUCUUUGGACUUGAUUAACUAUCCGUACAUAUUUAUGAGAUGGAAAGAGCAAUACUUUGUCAACGUUGGAACAGACUGUGGGUUGACCAUAGCUGGUUUUUACUAUGUUUGCUUCUCUUGUACUGAUGGUUCCAUCAAUGGCUUCUACUAUGAUCCUAACAGCAGCCCGUUUCAGAAGCUUGAACUGAAAUCCACUAAUGAGGGAAGAUCAGGUUUCAGUUUUUCAUCUUAUGAGUUACAGUGAAGUAGAACUGGUGCAACUGAAUCAAGGAUUAGCACCUGAGAAUUUGUUGAAUUGAGCAGAGUUUCUUGAACCACAUCUCUGAAAUCUAUAGUGCUCUAUCUGUAAUAGUAACAAUACCUGUCCAUGCUGCUAAGAAAUGCUCACCAUGGACUUUUAUCAUCUCAAACUGAACAAGUGACUUUGUGUUUGGUCAUGGUUGGUUUGUGAGCAUUAUAAACUGGUUUGGACAGGAUCUGUAUCUGAUCAAGAAAAUUUUGUUUUUAAGCAUCUGCAUCCUGAGAAGGCAGGUCUUGGAUGGGAUACAAUGAACAAUCACAGUUAUGUAUUUGAAGCAGUCAAAUUAGUAGAUGAUCGAUGCUUUAGCUUCAUAAA